AUGAGUCUUGACCUUGCUAGCCUCCUGAAGAAUGAAAUAGCCAAGAAGCAAGAAGAGCUACAAAAACCGGCAGCUGAGAAGCCUCGUCCCGAGUCGCCACCCCCACAGAGGAAAGAACACGUCGAAGGUAAGGAACAGGAGGACCAUGCCGACGAAUCAGAAGGGGGAGUCUCGAUUGAACAACAGAUCGAAAGAUUAAAGAGCCGACCACAGAGGGUAGAAAACAUACUUGCUGGUGAUGCGAAGGUCGCUAGAAAAAUUGAUCCAAGAGACAUCGGAGACCCGGCAAAGCUGAAACGGUUGUCCCUGCAAUGCAAUCUGUUUAUCCAUGAUAUUCUUUCCCAAUGGGAUACGCACUCGGAAGAAUAUAAUUCAGAAUUGCUCUUGGAGACCAAGAAGGCGCUGUUCCCGUUGCUGGUUAAACUACGUCGAGCGACGUUGUCUGACGAUCUGGUCAUUUCACUUGCUAGCGUUCUCUACCACCUGCAGCAGCCCAACCAAAACAACCUGGCAAUCGAAUCGUACAUGAAAUUGAGUAUCGGUAAUGUUGCGUGGCCCAUUGGAGUGACUAGCGUAGGCAUCCAUGCGCGAAGUGCCCAUUCUAAGAUUCAGGGCUCGGAUGGCCAGGUUGCCAACGUAAUGGUGGACGAGAUAACAAGGCUCUGGAUCACCAGCAUAAAGAGAUUGAUCACAUUCCAUGAGUGGUUGAGCAGGACGUGA